AUGGCGCAAGCCCUCGCAGACACUCUCGACAGUGUCUUCAUGUUGAACUCGGAUGUCGACACCCUCUCACAUAAAAUCCACCAGAAGAAACAAACCAUCACCAUCCAAAACUGGGAGCUGGAGGCUCUUCACGCCAGAAUUCGCGAAGCGGAAGAGCGACUAAAGAAGCAGGAAACCAUGGCCAAAGCAUCUAGCUCAGACGCCCAGGAUAACAAAGAUAACCCCUAUGCCGAGAGAUCUACAUUCGAACAAGACGAGUCAGCCUCGUCACCGAUUUCACAAAGUUGCCGCUCGGAGGGAGGUUUCACGGACGCGUCGACCGCCCCUUCAACGACAUAUAACGAAGAUCACCCUAACGACGACGGUCGGACAAUUCGAAACGUCGGCCUGAACAAACACAAUCCAGAGAGACAGAACGAUCGAUAA